AUGGACACGUCUUCAUUGGAAGCGUUCACUCGGCUUAGCCAGAAUAUAUAUCUCUACCAACCAACAUCACCGCAUAUCGAACGCUCCGUAUCGCCCACGCUGAUCAUCCUAUGCACAUGGCUGGGAGGCGCAACCAUUCGCAGAAUCUCCAAAUACACGACUGAAUAUCAACGACGGUUCCCGAGUGCCUACAUUCUUCUCAUCACUGCUAAUUUCUCUGAUAUCACCGUUCGCUCCUUUCAAGCGAUCCGUCGCGGACUGGCCCCAGCCCGCGCAGCCAUCAGGCGUAUCCUCUCGUCCAACAAUGCGCCCACGACCCUCCUCCAUAUCUUCUCCCAUGGGGGCUGCAACACAGCCGCCCAGCUUGUCCGCUCGAUAAGUGAAGAACCCAACGAUACCAGCUUCCUCUCCACGCUCCAACUCGUCGUUUUCGACUGUUGUCCGGGGGACAACGCAUUUGGCCGCUCUUACAAUGCCGCCGCGCUCUCCCUUCCCAGCACGCAGCCCGCCAACACGAUUGGCAGGUUGUUGCUCUAUCCAACGAUGGGGAUGAUCACCAGUCUCCAACACAUUGGAGUGAUGCACUCCGUGGCGGAUUUACGAUCCGAGCUCAACGACCCCACUUUGUUCGGGGUCGCCGCGCGGAGACUCUACUUGUACUCACAGGAGGACGAGAUGGUCCGAUGGCUGGAUGUCGAGCGACACAUGGAUGCUGCUCGCGCGAAAGGUUUCCCCGUCGAUGGGGUUUGCUUCGAACACGGCCCUCACUGCGCAUUGGUGAUGGCAGAUGGGCUGCGGUAUUGGACAGCGAUUGAACGAGCCUGGAGUGAGACUGGCUGUGGUGAAGGUGGCUCAAUUCGAGGGGGUAAGAAAUCUAAACUCUGA